AUGGGCGAUUACGAGCCCAAUGCUGCCCUUACGGACGUCAGGCACGGUCUUCAAGGAUUGCCUUACAGCGAGACUAGAGCAUCCAAGCCUCCCAUCCCAUUCACGCGCUCGAACUCGUCGUUACUUCGAGAAAUCGACAAGCCGCAGCCCUCUCCGCCGACCAGGGAUACCGCGUCGGACUCCCCCAAUAAGAGAUACAACUCACACGCGUCGUUGCCACAGGAUGGAGACGCUCCUCGCUCUCAAGCCGCAGGACAAGAUUCAAUCUCCGCAAGAGAAAGUCAGACCAGCACAACUCUGAGUCUGAACACAAGAACCCCCACCCUGUCGAGUCUUACAUCCGCCACGGUCAGCAUUCCUCAGAUCCGUUUCGAUGAGCCCGCCACCCGGACCUCCCUUGCCGAUCGCGGCAGCAACUACAAUACUGGCGAAGACAGGAGAUGGUUGUCACUGAAACCGUCCGUAUCGAAGUGGGCUACAUUAGGGAAAGACGUUGGCGCAAAGACACCCGACACGGUCAAGGGGCUGUCGUUUGAUGUCAGUAUCCCUACGGCUGGAUUUGGUGAGGAGCUGCUGCCGACGAACAGCAUUGAAUUCUCGAAACGGGGAAGCAUGCUCAUUGAUGGCCGAAGGGUGAACCAGUCGAAUCGUAAAAGCUCUCCUAAUCUUGCUGCUAUCAUUGACGAAGAGAGGGUGGAUGAGGAGUGCAACAUGGGAUUGACCCCGGCGCCAGACUCAAAUGCGGCACCAACUCCAAGAACUCUAAUUGACCGGUCAAAUGUAAAGGUGCUCUCGGCGGAUGAAGAGAUGUUGUCAGAGAAGGUCCGGGCAUUCUACGCUGCAGGCACAGAUGCGCAGCAAGAGACAGACUCCAACACAAAUCUGGCGGUGCGGAUGGGAGCGCGUUGGCAGUCGACGCUGGGAGCCGAUACUCGAAGUGUCAGCAUCCCGUCCCUAUCACGAGCUACCUCCACCACUGACAUGGACGAUAUGGCCAGCUUGCGACAACCUAGCAUGGCGGGUUCAAUCUCCCAGUCACAUUCACUGCUUGAGCGCGAGGAGUAUGAACUAGCCGGAGGCCUGGAAGACUGGAAAGACGUCGACGCCCAAGAAAUCGACCGUUAUGGCUUUAUUAUUGCUAGGACGUCUGCUACCGACGGCGCCGAUGAAUCUAAACCCCAACGACUCACUCGCACAACCACAAGUCUACAAAUGGCCAGUGAAACACCCCGACGGAAAGGGACGCUCCGGCGCUCACCCAGCAGUGCGCAUGGCUCGAUGCGGUCCCUACACAAUAAAACAGGCACGCCCGAGACGACGCCGCCUCGACCCAUGAGUUCUCAAAGCGGAUAUGCCGGCACACCGCGCCGACGAGCACCAUCCCGCAUCCCUGUCCCCGGUUCACGGAAUCGCCGUCUGAUGGAUUCGGCCAUGGACAUGCUCACGCUUCCCACCUCAGCAGAACAAACAAUAGAGAACGGACACGUGCACAUCUCGGACGCGCGCGCCCGGCGGAAAGAACUGGAGCGUGAAGAGAAGUGGCGGCGUAUGGCUCGUGCGAAACCGCCGUCCAAGGAUCCCACGACUGGCCUUCCCCUCGUUGGAGCAGGUUCAGAAAGUGAAUAUACGUUCGACACCUCAAGCUCCAAACUCAUCGAGCGCACGUGGAAAGGCAUUCCUGACAAAUGGCGCGCCACGGCAUGGCACUCUUUCCUCAGCACGUCCGCAUCAAAACUGAACAACCAGCUCAGUGAUGAAAAGUUGAUCUCUUUCUUCCAUCUGUACCAAGAUCAGCCCUCGCCGGAUGAUGUGCAGAUUGACCUCGACGUGCCGCGCACUAUCUCCAGUCAUAUCAUGUUCCGGCGGCGGUAUCGGGGCGGUCAGAGACUCCUGUUCCGCGUCUUGCACGCCAUGUCCCUCCACGUCCCAGCCACGGGGUAUGUUCAAGGCAUGGCUGCUCUUGCCGUCACGCUCUUGGCGUACUACGACGAAGAAAAGGCCUUCGUUAUGCUCGUCCGGAUGUGGGAACUCCGCGGUCUCGGUCAACUAUACGCGUCUGGAUUCGGCGGGCUGAUGUCCGCGCUUGAUGACUUUGAGAAAGGAUGGCUUGGAGAGGGCGAGGUGGCGAAGAAAUUGGAAGGCUUGGGCAUAGGGCCGACGGCGUAUGGGACGAGAUGGUAUCUCACGCUUUUCAACUAUACUGUGCCGUUCCCGGCACAGUUGAGGGUGUGGGAUGUUUUUAUGUUGCUAGGCGACGGUGCUACCGUGGCCGCAGUGCCGCCUCCGAGUCGAGGGACGACGACCUCCAGAAGCAAGGAUGGGCCUGAUGGGGCGGUAGAACCCAGUUUCGGCACGACUUUGAAUGUUUUACACGCUGCGAGCGCGGCUUUGAUUGACGGCAUGCGCGAUAUACUGUUGGAGUCGGACUUUGAGAACGCGAUGAAGGUAUUGACCAGUUGGAUCCCGAUUCAAGACGAGGAUCUCUUCAUGAGGAUUGCACGCGCGGAGUGGAAAGUCCAUCACGCAAAGACGGCAAAAGGCCGAUGA